GCACAAAGGUGUGUGUAACUUCUACCAAAAGCGACCCCAAGAAGUUGCUUAAAAAAUUGCUUACACGCGCAACUCAAUCAUUUCUGCCAAUUGAUAUUUGUAACCCCUAGACUACUUUGGAUUACUAAAACGUCGCUGCAGUAGACAAACCAAGCGUUGGCUGCCUGAAACCCUAAGACCGUGCAGGGUAUUUGAAUGCACAACGCUGAUCAUGUGCUGCAAGUGGCUACAAGAAAAACAAAUUAUUAAAUCGAAACUCAUUCAAAAAACCAAGUACAACCAUUGCAAAAACAUCACAUAAGCUCUUGUUAUGGACUGGUUACUUGCUACGCCUCAGUUGCAUAGCGCGUUCUCAUCGCUCGGCUCCGUGGAGGGCGACACCUAUGUGGUCAGCCCGAAUGCGCUAGCCAUUCUCGAGGAGAUUAACUACAAAUUGACGUAUGAGGAUCAAACGUUGCGCACAUUUAGGCGCGCCAUCGGCUUUGGUCAGAAUGUUCGUUCCGAUCUGAUUCCACUGCUGAAGAAUGCCAAGGAUGAUGCUGUACUCGAGUUGGUCAUACGGAUUUUGGUGAACCUGACGGUGCCUGUGGAGUGCCUCUUCUCGGUGGAUGUCAUGUAUCGUACUGAGGUAGGUCGUCACACCAUCUUCGAGCUGAAUAAGCUGCUUUAUACCAGCAAGGAGGCCUUCACCGAUCCGAAGAGCACCAAGAGCGUGGUGGAGUAUAUGAAGCACAUACUGGAAUCAGAGCCGAAGCUGUCGCCACAGAAAUGUGAUCAGAUCAACAACUGUUUGCUGCUUCUACGCAACAUUCUGCAUAUAUCUGAGACUCAUGCCCAUUUCAUCAUGCCCAUACUGCAGACGAGCAACGGUCAUGUGAUUUCCAUGCAAAAUACCAUAUUGUGGAACCUCUUCAUACAGAGCAUCGACAAGCUGCUGAUCUAUCUCAUGACCUGUCCGCAGCGCGCCUUUUGGGCCGUUAACAUGGUACAGUUGAUAUCACUCAUAUAUAAGGAUCAACAUGUGAGCACUUUGCAGAAGCUGCUCAAUUUGUGGUUCGAAGCCUCGUUGUCCGAAAGCUCAGACGAUAAUGAGAGUAACACAUCGCCGCCUAAACAGGGCAGUGGUGACUCCAGUCCAAUGCUAACCUCAGAUCCCACAUCCGAUUCCUCCGAUAAUGGUAGCAAUGGCGGCGGCCAAAACGAUGGGUGCGAUAAACGACGGCAGGCCUUAAGGGAGGGCACCGAGGCGACCCUACAGGAGGUUAGUCGCAAGGGUCAUGAGUACCAAAAUGCACUGAUGCGGGUGCCCGCCGAGAAGCCCGAUAGUUCAGAGGCCGCCAGCGAUAUUACCGAUAUGCCACUCUCGCCCGAGCAGCGAACUAUUUCCGAAGCCAUGGAGGAAGCCGAUUUUGUGGAGCGUCAUGUACGAGAUGAUGAUGAGGAGAAAGAUGAAGAAGAUGAGGAGGAGCCGGAGGUGGUCACUAUAACACCGCCAUCGUUGCCGUUGAAUCUAACACAACCAGCUGACAAAGCUAACACCACUACCAAUGAGUCAGCGAGUCAUUUGCUCGCGCUCAACCACAACCGAAACCACUCGACGGCAUCAUCGAACACCCACUUCAAUAACGAGCCCUUCAAGCCACCUCCACCGCUGCCCAUGCGACCCUUGACAUCGGCACUAGCGCAGAAAUUUGCCGACAUGGUCGGUGAAGCGUAUCCAGCACAUAUGUCGGCUGUCAAACUUGGCCAAAAGUCACCCCAUUCCGGCCAGUUGCAGCUGACAAAGGGGAAGUGUUGUCCGCAGAAGCGCGAGUGCCCUUCCUCGCAGUCAGAGCUCUCCGAUUGCGGCUAUGGCACACAGGUGGAGAAUCAGGAAUCUAUUUCCACCUCCAGCAAUGAUGAUGACGGGCCACAGGGCAAGCCGCAGCACCAGAAACCGCCUUGCAACACCAAACCGCGCAACAAACAGCGAACAAUCCUGUCGCCAAUGGACAAGAAGGAGCUGCGACGUAAGAAGCUCGUGAAGCGCAGCAAAAGCAGUCUCAUCAAUAUGAAGGGUCUGGUGCAGCACAUGCCAACAAAUGAGGACAUAUCCAACCUGCUCAAAGAAUUCACUGUCGACUUUCUGCUUAAGGGCUACAACUAUCUGGUAGAAGAGCUACACAUGCAGUUGUUAACUUAUGCGAAAAUCCCCAUUGAUACCUCACACUUUUUCUGGCUGGUCACAUACUUCCUGAAGUUUGCCGUUCAGCUCGAGUUGGACAUUGAGCAUAUCAAUACGAUACUCACCUACGAUGUCAUAAGCUACUUAACCUACGAGGGCGUUAGCUUGUGUGAGCAAUUGGAGCUGAAUGCACGCCAGGAGGGCAGUGACCUGAAACCCUAUCUGCGUCGCAUGCAUCUAGUCGUGACGGCCAUACGCGAAUUCCUGCAGGCCAUCGAGACAUACAAUAAGGUCACACAUCUCAGUGAGGACGAUCGCGCACAUCUGCGUCAGCUGCAAAUCCAAAUUAGCUCGACAUCGGAUCUGCGUUGCCUAUUUGUGCUUUUGCUGCGACGCUUCAAUCCCAGUAUCCACUCGAAGCAGUAUCUGCAAGACUUGGUCGUCACCAAUCACAUGCUCAUGCUUAUUCUGGAUAGCGCUGCUAAGCUCGAUGGCGGCCAAAGCAUCAAGCUUUCAGAUCAUAUAUCUCAAUUUGCCACCCUGGAGGUCAUGCAUUAUUAUGGCAUACUGCUGGAGGACUUUAAGAGUAAUGGCGAGUUCGUCAAUGAUUGCAUCUUCACCAUGAUGCAUCAUAUCGGUGGCGAUUUGGGCCAAAUAGGCGUACUCUUUCAGCCAAUUAUAUUGAAAACAUACUCACGCAUUUGGGAAGCCGACUAUGAGCUUUGUGAUGACUGGUCCGAUCUCAUCGAGUAUGUCAUCCAUAAGUUCAUGAAUGCACCGCCCAAGUCUCCGUUAACCAUACCGACGACCUCGCUCACGGAAAUGACCAAGGAACACAAUCAGGAACACACUGUAUGCUCUUGGUCUCAAGAGGAAAUGGACACACUUUAUUGGUACUAUGUGCAAAGCAGAAAGAAUAAUGAUGUGGUUGGCAAAAUUGUGAAGCUCUUCAAGAACAGCGGCAACAAGCACAAGUCCCGCAUAUCUAUAAUCCAGCAAUUGCUUCAGCAGGAUAUUAUAACGUUGCUGGAGUACGAUGAUCUGAUGAAGUUCGAAGAUGCGGAAUACCAGCGCACGUUGCUUACAACACCCACAUCGAACACCACCGAGUCGGGCAUUGAACUGAAGGAGAGCGCCUAUGGCAAACCCUCAGAUGAUAUACAGAUUCUGCUAGAUCUUAUAGUCAAGGAGCAUAAGGCGCAGCAUCUCGUUUGGUUGCAGCAACUCUUGCUCGAAUGUUGCUACAUUAAGUUGUCGUUGAAGAGCAACGGGAAUAGUUCGAAUGAACUCCGCUAUUCCGAGCCCAUUAUGGAGCCAGUGGCCUAUCACUAUAUAUGCAAACAAAAGUCCAUACCUCUGGUGCAAUGGAAUAAUGAGCAGUCGACGACCAUGUUGUAUCAGCCGUUUGUGCUGCUGUUGCACAAACUGGGAAUACAGUUGCCCGCCGAUGCGGGCUCGAUAUUUGCACGCAUACCCGAUUACUGGACGCCGGAGACCAUGUAUGGACUGGCCAUGAAGCUGGGACCUUUGGACAAACUGACGCUCAAGUUCGAUGCCACCGAGCUGGAGGAGACAGCCAGCAUGUCAUCGGGUUACCAUCACAGCCUGCCACGGAACUCAUUGAGCUCCGUUUCCAGUCUAGAGGUGGAUCCGCCGGAGCCGGAGGAGCUCGCCCUCAUACCAGAAGUGGAUACUGCCGUGGAGAAUGCGCAUGCGGCUAGCAUGAACACCAGCGAAAUAUUCGCAAUACCCAAGGCCAAGCAUUGCAAUUCCAUUAUCAGAUAUACACCGGAUCUAACGCCCCCAGUGCCCAACUGGCUGCAUUUGGUAAUGCGCAGCAAAUGUAAUCAGCAGGCAGCGCCGCAACACACAUCCGCCGAUGCCAGUGAUUGUGUUGGGGACGAUGAAAGCAUGCAGGGGAGCACAAGUGCGCAGAGCAAGGCGCUGGUCUCGCCAGUGAUGAGCUCGCCCACCAAAAUGCUGCAGCAACAGCAGCAGCAGCAACAACAACAACUGCAGCAACAGCAUCAACAACAACUGCAGCAGCAACAACUAGAAUUCCAGCAACAACAGCAGCAGCAACAACAAUAUUUACAGCAGCAGGCGACAAACAACACAACAACCUAUGGCCUGACCAUGAUGAGCAGCAUAAUGGGCGCCCAUAAUGAGAAUAGUAGCUCUUCCGGCUGUGGCGGCACCGUUUCCUCACUGUCCAUGGCCGCAGUGAUGUCCACCAGCACUGGGCCGAUCAUUAAGCAGGAAGUCGAGGAUGCAACCAUGAAGACAUUCGAGCGCCUGGAGAUGUCAGCGGCCAGCGGUCACUUCGGACGACCCAGCAACUUGAAUCAGGAGUACAGCGCCAUGGUAGCAUCGGUCUAUGAAAAUGAAAUAGCCAACAGUGACAAUGUGUCGGUGGCUUCGGACCUAACGCGUAUGUAUGUCAGCGAUGAGGAUGAGAAGCAUGAGCCACGAGUGCCGCAUUAUCAUUGAUUGAGCUGGACGUGUCCAAACAAAAGAAAAGGCAGGUCCUCUUCGAGAUAUUUUUACCCCCAAAGCGUGACCUCCAGUUUUGUGUUAUUAAGUAGUAAGGCUAAUAAGUGUGUAGCCUUUUUUAAUUCGAUGUACAUGUAUACAUAAUUAUAAUAUUCACCGCAAAGGAAUGUCAACAGGCAGAGCUUGAGUUUAUUCUUGAUAUCUUGACAAUGUUAUUCUACUAAAAACUGGUACUUUAGAGUUAAAAAAAAAAAAAAUACAAGCUAUACAUUAUUCUAUUUAAAAUGUUGCUUAAUUGUGUAGCUUUUGUAAGAAGAGAAAACAUUGAAUGAUUAUUACAACAUUUCAAGCAGCUGCUUAAAUGCUUAAACAAAACGUUUUUUAAAUUACAUAUUAGUACAGAAAACCAAAAAUAGCUCUUAACUAAUAUCGGGUAUACAAGUGCUUUAUAAUGUUUACCAAAAAAACAUGUUUAAAUGAAAAAAAAUUGAAAAAUAUACAUGUGUUUACAAUAAUAAAAAAACAACAACAAUGAUUUAAGCAAUUAAAGCCUGCAGAUAUACAUAUACAUAUAUAGGCAAAGUUUAUUAUCUUACCGUUGAAAUACAAAAAACAAAAAAAAAAAAAUACUAGUGGCUAGUACUUGGUUUAAAAGAAAUGAAUAGGAAGAAAAGUACUAUAUUUCUAUAAAAAUAAACAAAAAGCCAAUUACAAAAGUAACAUAUAGAAUGGCAGACUGGAAUGGACUAUCGAUGAGUAUUAUCUGAGAGAAAAUCUAAACAUCAAUCAGAAGCUAACGAUCGCAAUCACAAGACUUGAUAACUAUUAUUAUCGAAAGUUUCUGGGAAUCACCUUCCAAAGAAAGAAAAGAUAUGAAGAAAGAAACGUAAAUAUAUAUUUUUCUAUUAUCCUCUUGCCUUUAGAUUUUCUUUUAAACUAAAUACUAGAUUUAAGCAUGAAUUAGUUUUAUUUGAAAUAAUAUAAUUACAUAAACAUGAAAAGCUUCCACCUGGAAACCACCAUAAUUUAUGAAAUUAUAUUAUUUUGUGCAUUCAGGCAACGUUUUUAAAAUGCUGAAUGAGGAAUGUGUAUUUUGAUUACAAUUACAUGGGCAGUUCCUGGAUUGAAUAGUGCAAAUAUGAAAUAUUUAUGUACAUAAUUAUUUAUGCAUACUACAUAUACAUAUAUACAUAUAUAUGAGUAUAUAUUUACAAAACAUUCAACUAAGAUAAAUUUGUUAAAGCUACAAAACAUAUACAUGCAUACACUAUUCGAGAGAAUUGUUAAAGCUACAAAUCAUAUACAUACAUAUACUAUUCGUAUUUACAAAGUUACAUUAUUUACAUACAUACAUGCAUAUGUGUAUAGAUUUAAUUA